GCUUCUACUGCUCUAUAAAAAAAAUCCCUCAAAAACAGCAUAACCGUCCGUACCUUCGCACGGAGAGAGAUAAGGGGCGCGCGUGAAAUAUAAUGGUCGGAAUGAUGGCCGGAACGAUGAUGCCGCCACCUCAAGUAGCGGAGGGGGUGACGAUCAGAGCGGCAGGGCAGCAGAUGUCGGCGUCGCUAGCGAACUCGUUCAGAGUUCAUGCUGUAGCGGAGCGAUUAUCUUUGCAUAUACAACCUGGCUUUGACAGUAACCCUACGGAAUUCUUUGGCCUUUGCCUCUCUCUUGCUCGAGGGAUUGAUUUUGCAGUUGCGAACAAUGAGACUCUGCUGAAAGCUCAAGAAUUACCUUUUUUAUUGAAACAAGUUUGCCAACGUAAAAAUGAUGUUUUCUUGCAAGCAGCUAUUAUGGUUCUGAUGGCUUCCGUUAAGAAUGCUUGCAUGGUUGGAUGGUUUCAAGAGAAAGAAACUCAAGAACUCGUUACUCUUGCCACCGAGAUAGGGAAAGUCUUUUGCACUCCUGGAGAUAUUAAUGCUGGGACAACUGAUUCUCUUUCCAUUAUCCCAACAAUCAUGUCCAGGUUCUAUCCACUAAUGAAGAUGGGUCAGAUAAUUGUUUCUCUAGAAGUCAAGCCUGGGUUUGGUGCACACGUGAUUGAUUUUCAUAUUUCAAAGACGACAAGAAAUUCGACCGAGGACAAAAUAUGGUUAUUUGUAGCACAGACAGAUAAUACGGAGACAUCUACCUGUAUUGUAACUCCGCAAGAAGUGAACUUUCUUUUAAACGGAAAGGGAGUAGAGAGGAGAACUAAUGUUAUAAUGGAUACUGGACCACAGAUGCCAACCAACGUUACUGGAAUGCUUAAAUAUGGAACAAAUCUUCUUCAAGCUGUUGGCCAGUUUAAGGGCCAUUAUGUUAUAGCUGUCGCCUUCAUGAGUGUGGAACCAAAACCUGAAACUCCUGUCCUACAAGAUUACGUUCACCCUUGUGCAGCUGAACUAGAUCCAGAUUCUGACAUAAUUGAGGGACCAUCACGUAUCUCUCUUAAUUGUCCCAUAAGCUACACACGAAUCAGAACUCCUGUCAAAGGGCAUUCAUGCAGACAUCUUCAGUGUUUUGAUUUUAGUAACUUCGUUGAUAUAAAUACAAGAAGACCAUCUUGGCGCUGUCCACAUUGUAAUCAGCAUGUCUGCUACACAGAUAUUCGAGUUGAUCAAAACAUGGUUAAGGUUCUGAGAGAAGUGGGAGACCAUUGCAGUGAUGUGAUUAUCUCCGCUGAUGGAUCAUUGAAGGCCAUCUCAGAAAGUGACAAUAAAGUAGAUCAGACACAAGAAAGGACUUUGCAUUGUGAGAAGGGCAUGCCGGAGCAGGUAGAAUCUAUGACUUCCACGAGAGCCCUUCCCAUGGUUAUGGAUCUCACAGUAGAUGAUGAUGAGAUAAAUGGCGAGGACAAUAUUGAUGCUGAAGACAGGAAACCUUUUCUGGCUACUCUUCAAAACCAUCCUGUCGAUACUAAUCCAAUUCCAACCAUGCCAUCACAAUUGAUUAAUGCAAAUGCACCUAGUCGAAACUUUUCUACUCUAGCGGAUGAAUUUUGGUCCAGUCCUUACUGGUCCAGUUCUGCAUCAGAUGCACAGAUGGUGAAUGGCUUCUCUGAGCCCUCUACUACCACUUUUAUGACAUCUCCUGUGAUAACUGAUUCUGUUUCUCCUGCACUUAACUGUGAUGUUGGGGGUUACGGGAAUACCACCACCUCCUCAGUGAUGCAUAAUCAGCUAUCUGCUUCAAUUUAUUUACAGUCACUGCAGCAAAACUUUGUGAAUUCAGUUGCCAAUGGUGAGUAUGGUACAUUGCCACCAAUAUAUCAUGUCGACAGGUCUCCAAUAGCAGUUCAGGCCCUCCCAGCUCGACCUCAAACACCAGCUCCACAACAAAGAUCAAGAACUCCAAAUCCUGCAAUUUCCAGUGGGGCCUCCCUUUCUUCUCAUGGUACUCUACCAGAAGCUGCAAAUGGUCUUAGCCCAGUCUCUGGUAAUAUGGACAGGCAGCAGCAAUUUGCAAGAUCCCUUAACACGAAUUCAUCUUCUUCGCAGAACUGGAAUAUGCAAGACCAUCCAUUUAUGCAUGGUCAAUCAGCUCAACAACAGGCUGUUACCCUCCCUAGUUCGAGUCAAUUGGCUGGUGCUCACAGAGCAUCCUCACCCAACUUACUAUAUCAGCAACCUCUUCGAGUGCCCCAAUCAAGGAGCCACUCUCCAAAUGUAGUCCGAUCAUCUUUGCCUCUGGCACCAGCUCAAACCCAGCAAGGGGCUGCACAAGUUGGGGUUGGAAACUCAGCAGGUGCUACAAAUAGCCAACAAAGUAGGUUGAUGGUUGCUGCUCAGCUUGCUGCCCAGAGGGCUAGACAGCCACCUUCAGUGCCAGUUCAAAUUCAAACAUCCGGAGCAGGGGCAUCAUAUCUUACUAGUGCUGAUGGGAUUAGAGCGCCAGCAACUGAGCAGAGAGGGAAUGCUGGAGGAGCAUUGCCAGCAGUUUCUGGCACCGAGGGUCUGGUGGAUUUGGCAUCAGAACAGAAUUGGCGACCAACAGGUCGAAUGCGUGGAAGUCUCUCAGGUCGAGCUUAUUCUGCUGCUCUUAAAGAGUUCAUGGUUCAGCCUACCCAACAAACUCAAACCCCAAGACCACCACCAAACUUACCCCCAUCUCAAUCUAGUAUGCCACCUCACCUGCAGUUUCUCUUUGCAAGAAAUGCCCAAGUUCCACAGGCACAGAGUAGUCCUGUGACUGGAUCUGCCAUUUCAAAUGGAAGCUCCAGUAUUCUACCAUAAAAUUAUCCACUGAUUUGCUAACUUAAGAUGUAUAUGAAGCGUAUGGCUGAGUUUUGCUUCACACAGUUGUUCUGUAUUAGGGCCUCGUAGAAAUCUGAACUCCACGUGCGUGGAUUCAGGAUUGAACUUAGUUUCUAGUGGGGUUUUAUAUUGUUAAGUCAAACUUAACUAAUUUAGGAUCCUCCUAGGAUUGUAAGACCAUGUUUAAUGAUAUUACCUUAACACUCCAAAAGAAUUUGGGAUUUUUUAUGGAAUGUUUAUAUGAAUAGGGAAAGUAUAUUAAUGUGUUUUUUUAA